AUGUUAGGUGGCCUAUUCAGUCUCCAAAUGGGUAGCAAAUUUUCCGCAAAAGAAUUUGGACGCGCUGAAGCUACCAUCUUUGCUAUUGACAUGGUUAACAAGAAUUCCAGUCUUCUGCCAAACGUGUCCAUCGGUUACGACAUAAGAAACUUUUGUGACAGUAGGGUACUGGUCAUGCAAGAAACCUAUGACUUCAAGCGUAAUAGCGAUCCAGUUUGUAUGUGUAAAUCGAACUCCUCCAUGUCUACAAAGAGCAGUUUCACCAAGAGGAUCGAGUCCAAGCACAUCUCAGCGCUAAUCGGUACUUACAAUUCCGCCAGCGCCGUCCUGGUAGGAAGCCUACUUCAGGUCGCUGACAUUCCCGUCGUUAGCGCAACCGCAACAAGCGUAGAACUGAGUUCCGAAUAUUACAAAGACUUUUUUAGGACAGUUCCCUCUGAUACUUGGGUAGCAAAGGCCAUGGCAGACAUCAUAGAGCACUUUAACUGGACAUACGUGGCGGCUAUUGGUUUGGAUGACUCUUAUGGACGGAAUGGAAUUUUAGCGCUGGAAAGAGAAUCGUACAAUAGAGAAACGUUCUGCAUUGCUUUCAAUGAGUUUAUCCCGCGUCUAGACUACCACGACAACAUGGAACAGAUCGUUGCUAGAAUAAAAAAGCACCGUAAAAUAGGAGUGAUCAUCGUUUGGCUUUAUGGCAAAUACUUCGAAAAUUUCUUCGCUGUGGCAACCAAAAAAGGCUUACAAGGAAAGACUUUAAUAAUGAGCGAAGGAGGCACUAUCGAAGAGAGAUUUCUCUCGGACCCUCGCUUCACGAUUCUCAAUGGGUCACUGAUAAUAGAGUCAUACGACUAUCCUUCUCCGGCAUUUGAGAAGCACGUCAAGAGUAUCACUCCUGCAGAAAGCGCCCAGCGCGACGAAGGAUGGUGGAGAGAAUUCUGGCGAUUGGAAUUUAACGGUUCAAUGGCCAAAUCGACUAAUUUGGGGAAUGUAACUUGCAAGGCAAAUCACAAGCUGGACCAAGCACUUUCUAAGCUACGCAGCCCCUUUGUAUCGUAUGUUAUUGAUUCUGUGUACGCUAUAGCAUAUGCUCUGGAUAACAUUUACCGCUGCAACGAUAAACAAGGUCUUCGAAAUACAGGUAGUUGUCCUUCGGUCCAGCCGACAAUUAAGGGACGUGAUCUUCAAAAGUAUCUAAGGAACGUCAGUUUUGAUGGUUUGACCGGAAAAGUGCGAUUUGAUAGGUUUGGAGAUCCUUUCUCUGCUUUGUAUAGCAUCAUAAACGUUCAACGUUCACCAGCAACAGAAGCACGUCUCAGAAAGGUCACGAUAGGAACUUGGAACAAGGACAGCACGCCCAAACUCAAGUUAAAUACAUCGAAUUUACGUUGGAAAACACUGUUAACUCCGGUGUCUUCCUGUUCAACUGAAUGCAUGCCAGGCACCCGAAAGGAGCCCACCUCGACGUGUUGUUGGGAUUGUGUUAAGUGUCCUCAAGGAACCAUCAGCGCCGAGAUCGGAUCCAAGAGCUGCACAGCGUGUGAGCCAGAUACCAAGCCAAAUAAUGAGGGCACCAGGUGCGAAAAAUUACCUAUCGUAAACAUCAGUCUCACAACCGCCGGAGGAAUGACCCUAACAGUGGUAGCUUCCAUCGGAUUCAUUCUCACCAUGUUAGUUUGCCGCAUCUAUAUUAAGUUUCAUAACAGCCCGAUUGUGAGGGCUUCCAACAGGGAGAUUUCUUUUCUUUUGCUCUUUGGCAUCUCAGGUCUUCAUAUACUAGCCAUCCUUGACCUUUCUGAGUCCAGCAAUAUACUUUGCAUUGCAGCAACUUUCUGGCGUUAUUUUACCCUCAACCUCUGUGUUACAGUGCUCUUUACGAAAACGAUGCGGAUUACAAGCGUGUUUGGGGUCGACAAAGUUGCCCAGUUGUUUACACCGUGUUACAAAACCCUGGAAAGGCAAAUCAUCUUUACUUCUGUCGUGAAUCUAGUCCCAACUUCUCUGUUAGGACUGUGGAUGUCUACUGAUCCUCCUGGGCGCGAAAAGAUCAUCCGUUCAGACGAGUACAUCUUUCUUUUGUGCAAACCUUAUUACACCAACACCGGCUUCGCACUCUUCAUCACCGUUUCUUGUUACAUAAUUACUGUAGCUCUCUUGUGUACGUACUACGCUUUCAAAGGACGAGGCAUUCCUGAGAACUUUAACGAGACAAAAUACAUUGGAUUCUCUAUGUAUAUUCUACUGUUGUCAUCAAUAGCAUAUUACCCUGUGGCGUUUACAUUUGAGAGCUGGUACGUAACACUGGUGUCUUGCCUAACGACGUUAGUAACUUCGUUUGGUUUGUUGGGUUGCAUGUUUGGACCAAAAGUCUUCAUCCUCCUUUUCUGUCCACAGCAAAACACGGUGGAACACGUCAGAUCGCAAGUGUGGAAUUUUUCGUUUGACAGCGUAGCGGGAACAAGAGGGCCUCCCAAGCCCGUCAAUGUCGGGACACCUAACCCCGCUCUAGAGCCAGAAAACGGAAGGGUUUGUACAAGUAAAUUAUAG